AUGACUCCGAUGCUGGAAACUGCCCGUGGAGGCAUUCCACACUCCUGCGACAACUCCUUCCUUGCUAUGAGGAGUGAAGCUUUAGACAUAAAGUUUAUGUCAUGUUUUGCAUGUCAUGUCAAAAUCGAUAUCGCUGGACCGCCCAACAUGUCAAUGUGCGAUACUGUGCACAUUCCAACAGAUGGAAGUGCAGUGCCAGAGAUGUCAAUGUGUGACAGUGGACAUCUCAUAAUGAUCGGCAUCGCUGGACCGCCCAAGCUGUUGAUUUAUUUGGCUAACCAAUCCGGUAUUAUCCAUGAGGAUAGAGGAAGACAAUCACUGAAGUGUCCCAAAAAGUCAGCAAUCUGCCCGAAUGAAUUGCAAGAAGAAAAGAAGACAUGUGUUUCUGCCUCUCCUCUCUCUCAUUUCCACCUCUCUCAUCACUGA